AUGAAUCAACCCCAACACUCCUUGGAAGAUGAUUUUGAAUAUGAAUACGACGACACCGAGACAGAGACCUUCUUCGUGGACAUUGACCUGUCGUCCUGGAACUCUAACAUCAAAUCCAACGUCCCCGUGCCUCCCAAGCCAGUGACGCCGGCCAAAAGAAAAAUAACCAACUCUGGCCCUCCCACCCCUGGUCCGGAAGAGACCGGUGCUAUCGAGGCCGCAGAGUCCGGUGCUGAAGAUGCUCAGGAACCACGCGAAACACCCUCCCGCACCAACAGAGAUGGUGACGAGAAUACCCAUCUGCCCUCGCCGUCACAUCUGCAGGUACUCGAUUUAGCCACGGCAAAUCCCAUCAUCUCUUACCAAGGCCAGGUGUAUAGCUGCAUGUGGGCAGAUAUGGUGGGUACCAACAUGUUCUUCACCCAUUCAGGCGUGCUGGAUGCCGCCGAGGUUCUCCGAUCAACAGACGACUACGAUCUGAUAGGCAUGUCACGUAUCAAGCUCGUCGGCCAGGCAGCUAAACUGCUGAAGAAGGAGAAAUCAUCCAAAGAAGCGGGGCCGGAUGGGCAGGCUGUCAAUAACCCAGCAGGCGCAAGUGGCGAGGUUCCACAAGCCCAGCAUUGGCAAGAUGAUCAGAUGAGAAAACAGGCCGCGUUCCUGGAAAACCUGAUGAAAGUGAAACGAGACCGUGGUGAAACAGAUGCUGUUCGCACAUUCGUGGAUGAAAAUGUUGCGUCUGUCGACUCUGCAGCGGUGCAUGAAACACAGCGUGGCGACAUUCAAGAGCCUAAUGAACAAAUGGUUCAGGGAAUUCCAGACACUCGCUCAACGUUAAAGGAAAUUUAUUCUCAAUCUGAUGGCAAGGCCCCUCAGAUGCGCGCGUCGUCUGAGAGACUUCCAGAGGCCCACGAUGAGGCCGACAAAACUAUAUAA